UCAUUUUCGAAUUUCACUUUUAACUGUUUGUAGGCAAGCGCGCCAACUCGAACGUACCGUUACCGCUGCACGUUACGGUUAUUUAUAAGGCCAGUGAAAAGCAUUCGCCGUCCUCAUUGAAGCAGAGGCCUUCGGGCACCAGCGGCAGCAUACAAAACUUUUGGAACGAACGCAUUAUGGAGCGCUUUAUAAAGGCGAAUCUAUUCAUUAUAUGCUGCGUGGUGGCUGUUCUAUUGCUGAUUGUCUACCUGGGGGCCUUCUCGUGUGAGGUCUCGUGGAUACUGGAGGCCCAUGGAGAGCUUCCCUUCGCCGCCUACACCCUGUGCACCCUCUACUUUGUGAUGUUCGUGGCAACCACGAUCCUGAUCCACGGUCUGGUCAGCGGUCUGUGCUGGCCCCUGUUCGCCUGGUCAGGCAUCAUUGGCAUUCUCUCCAUCCCGGAGCUGGUCUUUGUGAUGAUCAUGACCACGCAGCACUGGGGCCUGCAGUCGGUGCACGGACUGACGGAGCUAACCUCGUACCUGAUCCGCCUGAUCAUCAACUGCUUGGCGUUGAUCUGCGUCAUACCCACGGGGAUUCGGUGGCGCCGCGAGACGCAGGUGCUCAGCCAGCUGCAGGGCCUGGCCACGCGGCUAUCUCUGCAGACCCCGGCACCCAGCGUGCCCAUGACCAAGGCGGACUCUAGGCGUUCCAGUCAGCGGCUGAGCGGCUUCGAGAAUGCCGGCUAUCAGCUGUGCGAUGAAACGGCCAAGCUGCCCCUGGGCUCCGGCUUGGGGAUGGGACUGAGCAACCAGUGCGGCGGUGGCAGCCAGGCCUAUGGCUCCCAGAACGAGUUCAAUGCCAGCAUGUUUGCCCCGGCCUUGGCCCAACAGUUCAACAACGCCGCCCAGAUGCAGCGUGCGGCAGGAGGAGGUGGAGGAGGACCGCCGGGACAUCGCGCCCAGUCUCUGAUGGACUUGCGCUGCACCUUGCCGGGAAUGUACAACCCCCGCCACGUCCUGGACACAGAGGACAAGAAUGCCAAGUACUUCAACAUAACCAUCGACGACCUUAAGAACAAUCUGCAGGACUCGCAUCGGCCGUCGCCACCCUCACUCAUCGGCUCGGCCAGCAACGAUCCCAUAUACUGCUCCAUCGAGCCCAAGCAGAUGACCCCACCGCCUGCCCAACAGCGUUCGCAACACGGACAUCGCCCUAGGGGCAGCCACAAGCAGCCGCCGCCGGGCCAGCUCUCGAGGAACUGCAUCUCCCUGGAGAACCUGGAAGGAAUCAACAAGGUGCAGAAUGACCUGAAUGCCUACGGCAACAACCUGCUGCAGAACUACACGCAGCAGCAGCAGUACUACCUGGCCAUGCUGCUCAAUCCCCUCCACCAGCAACAGCAACAGCAGAUGCAGCAACUGCAACAGCACCACCACCAGGCGGCAGGGGGCAUCUACCGCAGGCCGUCCACCUGCAGCUCGAUCGGUGGAUUCACCGGAACGGUGCUCGCCCAGCCGCGGCGCGGCUCCCACCACAGCCAGCAGAUGCAGUACUACGGGGGCUUUGGGUAUGCCAACUAUGCCAAUCCCUACAUCACGGCCAACAGCAAGCUGUCGCUGGGCAACGAGUCCGACGACUACCGCAAGUACCGCGAUGUGGCCCUGUAGGCGGUCCAGGUCCAGUCCAGUCCAGUCCAGUCCAGUCAGCGCUUAGAUUAAACUUAUAUUAUAUGUAUAUUGUAGGACAUGCUCGAAUUAGAAUGAGAUUCCUCGGAAUAACGACCAAAGAGCCACAAACUAACUCAGUUUCCGUUCGCAAACCAACACGUGAGGAGGCAGCGACAAACUCCAGAAACUUGUUGAAAUCAUCGACUAACUAACUAGCAACAUCAACUAGGUGUACUCUAAGUUUAGACGUAAGCAUCGACAGCGAACAUUCAUCGUUUAAUAUUGUAGCUAGGAAUACGAAAACGAAUACGAAUAACAAUACUCGAUUACUCGAACUGAUCGGCAGUCCCAACCAUUCACAGACAGAUCGAAAACUGUACAUAUUUGUAAUUAAAAGCAAUCAUGUUUCACUUAAA